UGCGCGAGGAGACACGCUGGAUGAAAGAAGAAAGAGAGGGGUGGGGAACGACUGAUAGUGCAACGACAACGAGACAGUUUGAGUGUGCGUUAGUCUCUUCACGGAAAGACGCCGUGUGGUUGACUAUGUGUUUGUGUGUGGUGUAGAGCUGAGAGUAUUCUUAUUGCUUCACUGAAGAAGGAUGCAGCCUGAAGCACACACACACAAGAUGAUGCUAGUGAGUGUGUACGAGUCAGUGGUUCUGAGACCUCGGGGGCGGUUGCCACAGGUGUGUGGUCUGGUGGUCAGUGUUGUGUGUGUUCUGAUGGCAGGGAUGUGUGUGUCCGACAACACCAUCCUCAACCAGGCCAAAGUGGUUCUCUACGGCCUGGGUGUGGGCGUCGUCCUGUAUGCAGCCUGUCUAUUAGUAGAAGAGGCCACCUCGCAUUUCACGCAACGGUACAACAGCAGUGUGAGCGGUAUGCUGAGGGCGUGUGUGUGUUGGAGAGUGCAGGCCGCGGUGGCUGUCCUGACCCUGGUGUGUGUGUUUAGCGGAGACGCUCUCAGUGGGGAUGAGAGGGGCAGGGUUCUCCUCCUAGCUGCCUGCUAUCUACUACUCAAGAUAUCUGGGCUGCUGGCUCCAAGUGCAGUGGAGAUCUCUGAGAUCUGUGAGUCGCAUCGGAUGAAUGUGGCCCAUGGGUUGGCCUGGUCCUUUUACCUGGGCUAUCUGAAGUUAGUUCUCCCCUCGCUGGAUGCCCGAGUGGAACAGUAUAACAAGCAGCUUGGCCAUGCAGCUGAGGGUGCUCUGACAGGGCCGUGGGCGUCCCGUCUGCACAUCCUGUUGCCCCUCAAUGCCUCAGUCAGCGCACGCCUCGAGGAUGACGACCCCCGCGUCCGAUUCCGUGAGAGCCUGCCUACUGUGGAGAUGGACCGUGCCGGGGUGCGAAACAGAGUUUACAAGAACAGUGUAUACAGCGUCGUGGAUGCAAACGGGCAGGUUUACAACUGCAUCCUGGAGUCGGCCACCCCUCUGAUGACGAUGUACCAGAUGUCUCAGGAGAGCACCGCAGCCUUUGGGCUCUCUGAGCGCCGGCAGCAGGUCCUGCUCUUCUACAGAACCCUGCAAAGCAUUCUAGACAGCUCACUGGAGUGCCGCAACCGCUACCGACUCAUCCUGCUGGAUGAUGCACACGCUGGUGAGGAUCACUUCCUGUCCACGGAGAUCCUGAGGCACCUGCAGCAGCAGGACGGGGAGGAGUUUCCCAUGGAGCCGCCCGCCAAGGAUGCACGCAGGCCCACGGAGGAGAUAGGCUCUCAGGUGGCCAAUGGGACGGCGCCGCUGCCCGGCGGCCCAAUGAGCAGCAUCAGCCUCAUGAUCAGUGGCGACAGCAGCAAGACGCUGACGCCGGACAUGCCACACAGUCUCCGCGCCGAGCCUGAGGAGAACUCAGAAUUCUAGCACAGAAUAAACAGCUCCCACAUCA